UCUGAGACCAGUUCAUAACCUCAAAGAGACGGCGUUCUCACAUUGUAUCUGCACGCGUGCUGCAUAAUAUUUUGGUAGUCAAAAGCAGCAGUAGACAUUAGCUAUCGUCGAAUGGCUUGUUAGUUCGAAACAUAGAUCGAAAUUGCUAAUAGUGUAGUUUGAAUACAAAGUUCUCCGUAGGCAAGCUGUCAAGCUAAGUGAACGAAAUGUCCGACGUUGAAAUGGGAUCUCCGACCAUCAAAAAAGAGAAGAAAAAGAAGAAGAUUAAGCAGGAACCUGGAGUCGAAAAUCUUGGUGAAAUUCAAAAAUCUGGCGAGUUCCAGAUCAAACCAUCGGAGGCGAUUGCUAAGCUGGAAACUUCGAAAUGGCCUCUGCUGUUGAAAAAUUUUGAUCGGCUAAAUGUCAGGACCAACCAUUACACCCCGUUACCAUUCGGAUCUUCACCAUUGAAUCGAAAAAUUAAAGACUACGUGACGUCAGGCUUUAUCAAUUUAGAUAAACCAUCCAAUCCCAGCUCGCACGAGGUGGUCGCCUGGAUUAAGAAAAUUUUGAAAGUUGAUAAAACUGGACAUUCAGGAACAUUGGAUCCGAAGGUUACCGGAUGUUUGAUCGUCUGUAUCGACAGGGCGACGAGAUUGGUGAAGAGCCAGCAAAGUGCCGGUAAAGAAUACGUUGCCGUCUUCAAGUUGCACUCGGCAGUGGAAUCCAUUGCAAAAGUACAUCAAGGUUUGGAGAAGCUUCGCGGUGCAUUGUUCCAGCGUCCUCCAUUAAUAUCGGCUGUCAAGCGUCAGCUUCGCGUCCGUACCGUGUAUGAUUCCAAACUGCUGGAUUACGAUGAACAGCGUAAUAUGGGAGUAUUUUGGGUAAGCUGCGAGGCAGGAUCAUACAUUCGUACUAUGUGCGUGCAUUUGGGCCUUGUCACUGGCGUCGGCGGUCAAAUGUUGGAACUUCGGCGCGUCCGGUCCGGUAUUCAGUCGGAAAAGGAUGGAAUGGUAACCAUGCAUGAUGUUCUGGAUGCGCAAUAUCUGUAUGAAAACCAUAAAGAUGAAUCCAUGCUUCGAAGAGUCAUUAAGCCACUGGAGGGACUGUUAGUCGGCCACAAACGUAUAAUUAUGAAGGACAGCUCGGUGAAUGCUGUGUGCUACGGUGCUAAGAUAAUGAUCCCAGGCGUUCUUCGCUACGAGGACGGCAUCGAAAUUGAUCAGGAAAUUGUGAUUGUGACCACCAAAGGUGAGGCUAUUGCGCUUGGUAUCGCAAUGAUGACGACAUCGACAAUGGCCAGCUGUGAUCACGGUGUGUGCGCUAAGAUCAAACGUGUUAUUAUGGAACGGGACACGUACCCUCGCAAGUGGGGUUUGGGCCCGAAAGCUUCCAUGAAGAAGCAACUGAUUGCUAGCGGUAAGUUGGAUAAGUACGGCAAACCAAACGAUAAGACUCCUCGGGAUUGGUUGACUGGUUAUACGGAUUUCAACAAGCAAUUGCCCAAACCAAGUGAUAGCAAUGGAGCCACGGCGGAAGAUGAUAUAACUGGUGGAAAGCGCAAACUGAGCAUCACAAGUGUGGCGGAUAACUCAAUGGAAACUUCCGCCGUCGAAGCAGAUGCCGGCGAGAAGAAAAAGAAAAAGAAGAAAAAACAUAAGAAGGAUGACGAGGCACCUGAAGCACAAGAAUCCUCCGAACAAGCUGUAGAAGCAGAUGCCACCGAAGAGCCCUCCGAGUCCAAAAAAGAGAAAAAGAAGAAAAAGAAGGACAAGAAAAAUCAAGAGGAAGUCGAAUAAAAGGUUCCCCAAAUCUCCAACCAAACGCUGAUCCUGAUUCAUAUAUCCUAUUUGGUGGUUGUUUAGAUUUCUCCUCUGCUAUAGAUAUUUGCCAAGGAAAAAAGCGAAUGUCUAUCAUCAGCAGUGAAGAAUCUAAUACCGGUCAACGGCCGUUUUUUCAAUGAAAAUAGAGAUAAGGCUUCGAAGGACACUGAAUUCCGUUGAUUUUUUAAGAAGUUGAUGUUUCUAGAUUUACUUAUUUUACAAGCGGAAAGAAUGAGUGAAGCAUUCGUCAGUCUCUGACAUUUUCGUUUAUUAGUGGUCAAUAGUGAUAUGCAAUCAUUUCUCACACUAAAAAAACUAUAUGGCAGUGAAGCAGGAUACCUACUUUAGAAUAGGUACUUCUAUGGAUAUGGCUUUGCAACUGAAACAAAGUCUGUUUACUUUUACACGUAAGAUGAAUACAGAAUUAUCUAUGCUAUUUGUAAAAUUUA